CUGCCAUGCUCUAGCCGCCUCUGCCUCCAACCAGCCCAGCAGCAGGAUUCACAGUAUUCACCAAUACGAACCAGUCGAAAACAAACAACUGGAUUGUAGUUCCUAACUUUGCUGUUGGUAAGGCACAGCAAAAGAAAGUAGAAGUGUCAACAUGCCCCUCGUACCGCAUCCUCCGUCGUCGAAUCGCCCGGACCACUCUAAUGUCGAAGAAGGCCCUCAAAGAAUGAGCAGUGGUGGUUCAAGACAGAGAGACAUCAAUUCUUUUGCUCUUGCUCAGAAAGCUGGCUUGCCUACUUUGAACUUCGUGAAGCUAAAACAAGGUGGAACGGAGAACGAUGGAUUCCUAUCUCAACGAGGCGAAGUGCAAGGUGUUGGAGCUGGCAGCUCGAGAACUCGAUCGUACGGAUCAGCUUCCAAUCAAACUUCUCAGGUUGGACAACAUGCCUCGUAUUCAUUCAAGCCUAGCUCCAAUGGAUACAAGGCAGAUGUGCCGCACGUCAGAAGGGUAGUCCAGGGAGCACAGGGAGGGUUUGCUUCUGGUCUUAUGCCCCACCCUCCAAGCGAGAGGGGAAGCGAGCCUUCUUCACGAGAUGGAGGACGAGGGUCAAAUGCAGGAAGCGAUAUCCCAGAAAGAAGCAAGCAGGAACCCGCAUAUCCUCUUACUGCUCGGAACCAUGCGAUGGAUAGCAAGGAUGCUGCAAGCAUGAACCAGGCAAAGCAUAGCCAAGUGCCACAGACUGCACGUGCUGCUUUCAAUGAUGCGCACCAAGAUGGGCACAAUGUUGCACCUCAGAAGUAUGACGAGGUUACAAAGGCAAAUCCAACCGGAGGGAGCAAUGUUCCUUUGACUCCAGCUGCUGCACUGAAGUUGUACAUGAAUUCCAUGACCUUAUACGAACAAGGCGAGAUAUUGGAUUACCCUCAGGUUUACUACGUGGGCCCAAAUGCACAGAAACACAAACCAACAGCUGAUGCGACAGAUAACCACGGGUUUGACGACGAUCGGGGUGAUUAUCUCUGGGUGAUGCAUGACCAUGUUUCUUAUCGGUACGAAAUUCUUGGCGUACUUGGAAAAGGCUCUUUUGGCGUUGUUACCAAGUGUUACGAUUGGAAAACGAAUCAGCUAGCUUUAGUGGAAGUCAAACUGCUCGAACACCUUCGUGACCAUGACACAGAUGGAACAGCCUCAAUUGUCCAUAUGAAAGAUCAUUUUUACUUUCGGAAUCACAUGUGUAUAACAUUCGAACUGCUCUGUAUCAAUCUAUACGAAUUCAUCAAGAACAAUAAGUUCCAAGGGCUAUCACUCGGGCUCAUUAGACGAGUUGCUGUACAAUUGCGGGUCAUUCACUGCGAUCUCAAGCCGGAAAAUAUCUUGCUGAAAGCUCCAAACAAGUCAUCGAUCAAGGUCAUUGACUUUGGAUCUUCAUGCUUUGAGAAUGAGAGAGUGUACACAUACAUCCAAAGCCGCUUCUAUCGAUCUCCCGAAGUAAUACUUGGACUUCCAUAUGACAUGGCUAUCGACAUGUGGUCUUUCGGCUGCAUUCUUGCUGAACUUUAUACGGGCUAUCCGAUCUUCCCUGGGGAGAACGAAGUAGAGCAAUUGGCUUGUAUAAUGGAGAUUCAAGGGCUGCCUCCGAGGAUGAUGAUAGAGCAGGCGUCGCGUAAGAAGAUGUUUUUUGACUCCAACGGUGCUCCAAGAAUCGUUCCCAACUCAAGAGGGAAGAAACGUCGUCCAGCGAGCAAGGACUUAGCCAGUGCCCUCCGAUGCUCAGAUCCAGCUUUUGUGAGCUUUCUAGAAGGCUGUUUACAGUGGGACAAGAAGGAUCGGUUCACGCCGGAUCAAGCGCUACAGCACGAGUGGAUAACGGAGGCCGCAAUCCCUUCGACGAGCAUCAGCUACCGACGGGCAGCCAGUGAAGUUCCCUUUGACUCGCAGCCUCGAAUGAGCGUGGGAGCCACUGGAGGCGUCAGUGGGUCUCUGUCGGCUCGAGGACCAGUACAAGCUUCCAUGAAUUCCAUCAAGAGGAACUCGGAAAAGCGGCAGGUGGCUGCUGGGUACAUGACCUUCCGAGAUCGCCACCUCUUUCCUCCCAUCGACCCUCUAGCGCCCAAGUCGGCCCGGGGAGUGAAGCAGGGAGGCGUGCGAGUGGGUCAGUAGGGUGGAGGAGAAUCGCAGGACGGUGAAGCAGGAGGAGAUUUACAGGACAUUACAGCUUCGUGUGCUAGUGCCGGUCCCUUCACUCCGCUUCUUCCUGCUGCUCAACGCCUCCCCAGAUCUGCGGCUCUUCCUCUGCAGGUUCAUUGUCCUUGGCAAACGCCUUGUCGACGUUGGCCAGGAUGCACUCGAUGGAGUCAGUGAUGAGAGGCAAGUCUUCGAGGAGGCUUCUGAGCUGUCCUUCCCUCCUCUUGGGACGGAGCAUAGCCGGCCCGAAGGCGACGGCGAUGAUCGGAGUCAUGCUGCUGUCCUAAGCAAGAGAGCUCAACGCACAGAGAAGAAGGGACGAGUCACCUUGCUGAUCAUCACGCUCAGGAACUUGAGGAGCCGUUGAGUUGUGAUCCAGUUUGAUCGCGGCAAGGUAGCAAAGAUCGCGGAAAGCGCCUUCCCUUGGUCCUCCGCCUUGCAGGCAGUGACGAUGUCGUUGUACUUGCUGUAGGUGAGGAGAGGCUCAGGGAGCUGAAUCAACCUGCUGCAAGUUGAGAUGGGGAGGAAGUACAUUGAGGGGGAGCAAGGCUGAGUGGAUAGGAGGAAGGGGAGGACCAUAGGCGGAGGAGGGAGGCGAUGACAUGAACGUCUUGAGUCUCUAGAGUGACAACCGACAAGUUUGUGUCCAUUGCCUUAGCAAGCGACUUGACCUCCU